GUCUAUAUUAGCUAACUCAGAUGUUUAAUUAUCAACCAGAAAACCAAAAACAAAAUACCCAGAAACCAAACGUCCAAGAAAAUAAAAAGCUCAAAUUUUUUUUUGGGAAAAGAACAAAGGAAGAGAAGUAGUUUUUGGGAUUCCUGAGUUAUCGAGGAAGAAAUGUUGAAACUUUUCCCUUCACAGUCAUCAAAAUCGUGAGUAAAGCAUGAGGAUCGCCAUGGAUCGCCAUGGAUCAAAAGCUAUGGAGGCGUUUGGUGGUUCCAAGUGGCGUAAAGGUGUAGUGGAAGGAAUCCUCUCUCGGAAAAGGUAUCUGGUGAGUUUCAAGGACACAGAUAAGCAGCAGAUAUUGGAUUGCUCGGAUCUUAGGCCUCCAAUGGAGUGGGAAGAUGGGAUUUGGAAGACAAGGGAAUCGCCAUUAGCUCAAGGAUCAGGAAGUAAGUCAAUAGAGAUAACUGCUCAAGGAAAGACAUCCAACACAAAGACACUUGAGCCUACUAAUCAGAACGGCUUGGGUAAACAACCAACUCGAGAGAAGGUGCCUGAGGAGCAUGAUAGUGAAGAUAACAGUCGCAAGAGGAAAAGAAAAGAGCUAGAGCACAAUUCAUCAGACCUCCAUGAGACUGUGCUAUCCUCUAACCUGGCCUCUAAUUAUGUUGCUGCUGAUGAAGCAAAGGAUACAACAAUGGUAUUACCAUUUGCAAAGAAAUCACCGAUAUGGAAGACAUAUGAAUCAAUGGAGGUCUUCAAAAGAUUACCACAAAGUCCUCAUUUCAGCCCAAUGUUUGAGGUUAGAGAGGCUUUCCGUGAAGGGUAUGCGUUAGGGAUGAUGGUGACUUUUUCAGGGUUAUUAGAGGAUUUGAAAGCUUUGGAGAAAGACGUUCUCAAGAGCCAACUAGAUAGCCUCAAAGACUCCUUUACCGAGCUAGAGAAGCAUGGAUUCAACGUCGCAGCGCCUUUGUCGCGGAUCAACAAAUUGUUAGCCUUCAAAGAUAGACAAGUACGUAUAUUGGAGACGCAAGAAAGUUUCUACGAAGAGAUGACGAGUGAAUCUAGCAAAAAGCACAAGGCUGAACAAGAGGUGAGUGAAAUGGAACGCAAGAAGCUUGAGGUGGAGCAUAAGAUUCUUGAACUGCAGAUUCAAGAAGUGGCUCUGCGAGAGGAUAUAGAGGCAGCAAAAGAAAGGAAGGAUUCAGCCUACAAAAAGAUAUCUCAGAUGGAGUCGUGUGCAAGAGAUCUUGGUGUAGAGCUUGAAAAUGUGGAGUUUGAGUUUGAGACUAUUUUGUCAGCUCCCUGGUGAAUGCCAAAACAAAGAAGGAACAAUAAGACAUUGGUUGAGAUUUGUCAACUAAGUAGGGGUCUUAGUCUUACAGGAUGAUUAUUUUAAAACCUUUUGUUUCGUUACUAAUCUGAUCUUGGUGCUGUGUAGUUUUAAGAUAUGUAUUACUGAUAUAACAUCAAGAUUAAGACUUGUUAUCUUAUUAGACUUGUGUUAAAGUGCUUUAUUUUGAAGAGAAUUUGGACCUUUUUUGUGAAAUAAAUAAAAUUAAAGAAUUGAAA